AUGUCUAGGCCUGUUGAGAGAAUAGCAGAGAUCAACAAUGGAAAAGAGCUUUGGAAGAUUGUUGUUAGGAUUCACCACAGAUGGAAUGUUGUGGCUAACAACAAGGAACAUUUUGAAAUGAUUUUUGUUGAUAAAUUGGGAGAUGAUAUUCAUGCUGUUGUUCCAGCACCACAUGUGUCGGUGUUCACCGAAAAAUGCCUAUUAGGGCAUACUUAUACUGUAUCUAAUUUUAAGGUGGUGCCUUAUGUUCUGGCGUUCAAGGCAUCCGAACAAAAAUAUAUGACUGAGUCUGGCGCAAAGAAGCAACAAAUUAGCAUGGUGUUGCGUGACCACAGCAACAACAUGUUGAACUGUACUCUGUGGGAAUCAUACGCGGAUCAGUUCAUCAGGUUUAACAAAGUUAGGGUUGCUGCAUCACUCCCUACAAUUGUGUUGCUUCAGUAUGCCAAAGUGAAAGAAGAAGGAAAGUAUCCUCUGUCUGUGACAAACACUUACAAUGUGACCCUUUUAUGUGUUGAUGCUGAUUUUCCUGUCAUGAAAGACUUUAUUGAUAGAAUGCCUGAGGAGAGCAGGAUUACAUUUUGUGCUACUGUCGCUACAACAAAAUUAUUAGUCGCGUCUCCAUUUGGAUGGUACUAUCGUGCCUGUCAUAUGUGUCAAUCUAUAGCGUGUGGGGACAACCCCCCAUUUGAGUGUGAAGCUGGUCAUGAAACCAUGGCUGAAGUCCUUAGGUAUAAGAUUGAGAUUGAGGAUACUCAUGGGGGCAAAAGCUGCAAUUUGUGUUCUGGAACAGAGAAUGUGAAAUGCUCUUGGGUUUAUCUGCGUCUCAACUUCGCUGAAAUUACUGAUCCAUUGGACUUCCCGUUAGAAGUUGAUCAGUUGUUGAAGUUGGAAAUGGCUAUGAAGGUUAAGUGGCAUCCACGCUGGAAGAACUGUUCCGUCAUUAUGAUUAUAAAAAAUGAUCAUAUUAUGCAGCAACUUAAGGAAAAGUGGGGAACAGAUGAGGAACCUAUUCCAAUCCAAACUGUAAUACCUGAGACUCUGGAGAUUAAAGAGAGUGUUGAUGAGGCUAAAACAGAUGUCAAUGAAGACUGUGAAUUGGUUACGGACCUGGAAAUUACAUCUGAGCACAAGCCUGAUGCUGUCACACCUGCUGGUAAGAGGCAUUUUCCUGGUGUAUCAAGUGAAUCCACUGAUUUGGACGGAUUAUAUGAUGAAAAACUGUCAUCAAACAAGCUGAAGAAGAUAAUUAAAAUGGAGAAGAUUGAUUAG